CUGUGUGUGUGUGUGUGAAUCUGUGCGUGUCUGUUUGUCUGUCUGCUCUCAGCGCGGCCACAAAGUGCAUCCUCGGGACCCUGAGACUCACAAGCUGCUGACGCCACCACGACCAGUUGCCUGCGCUGGUGCUGAUGCACAGACUCCGGGCCAGACUGCGAUCUCUGUGUCUCUAUCACACACACACACACACAAAGGAGAAAACAAAGACAUGGUGCGCCCUUCCAACGAGAGCGGAAAAUAGUCUUUGCUUUCUCCCUGAGCUACCUACAGAUGAUGGGCUGCUGCAUCUCUAGAGAAAUUCUGACGGCUGCCUACGUUAACCCUGCGAGUGCCGGCGAUGUCUCUCAGAGUAGAAGCACCGGCGCAGGUCAGGACAAGAGGGAGCAGCCGGAGACCGCUGAAGCACAGGACAUCUGCAAGCAAGACAGGACAGAUUUCUGCUGGGACCCCAUUCUCCAGAAUUGCUUUGGAAGUACCAAUGGAUUUUUCUCCGGCUCCAAGCAGACCCUGAAUGGCUACGAUAUUAAUGCACUGGCAAGAUCGUCGCUGGUUGGCUUGGUUCAGACAGCGAAGGAUCACAUCACCAAGCCGACAGCCAUGGCACGCGGGCGAGUUGCCCACAUCAUUGAGUGGAAGGGCUGGGGCACCCAGCGUCGCAGUUGUGAUGCUCCCCGCAUGGACGAGGACCAGUACUCCACGCUGACCGACGAGCUGAAGGAGGCUCGCUUUGCUGCAGGCGUUGCCGAGCAGUUCGCCAUCACCGAGGCGACCCUCAGCGCUUGGUCUUCACUGGACACGGACGGCGUGCUUGGGGACAGCAGUCCCAGCAUCGCGGUGAACUACCUCAAUACGGAGGACAGUUACUAUGACGAUCGCUCCCUCAGUGGGUCCCAGGGCUUUUACUCGUUGAAUGUGGAGGGGCCUUGUGUUGCCGCCAGCCCCCAAUCAUCGUCGAUGGGCAGCCCGGCUGGUGAAGAGGUGCCCGUGGACAAGGACCCUGCCCACCCCCUCACUGGGACCUUGGGCCUCGAGCCCCCUAAAUGCCUGUACGUGCCAGAGGCCGGCGGCGGUGGGCUGGACAUACACAGGACACUGCAGCAGAGCACAGGCAGUCACCUACAGCAUUCCCACUCCAGCAACACCAGCUCACUCAUUGAAGACGAUGUCUUUUAUAACUAGACUACAAGAGGCGGCAAUCCACAACCACUCUCUCACACGCACACUCUCAACCUCCGCACUCACUCUGGCUGCUGGUUUAUUCCAUCUCAACAUUUAUAUGUGUGUCUAUGUGUGUGUGUGUACGUGUGUGUGUGUGUACGUGUGUGUGUGUACGUGUGUGUGUACGUGUGUGUGUGUACGUGUGUGUGUAUAUAUAUGUGUGUGU